UGCGUUUUGCGUUUAAUAUCCAAACAUUUGGUACGCACUGGUCUGCACCUUUAAGACAGGGGGCGGGGCUAACGCAUGACGUAGCAAUUCAUAAAAUUGUUUCCAGCUCGCAGCUUUCCAUGAUGAAAGCGAUCAAUUGAGCAGCAGAGUCGUCGGCAGCAUGUGCGUUUUGUUUAAUUUAUUUUGUUGAGUGAUUUGUUAAGAUACGCCGGGAUUACUCACAGCACUCGUCUCAGUUACACUGGAUAUAAGAGAGAAACACGAAACAAAUCAUUAAGGAAUAUUUAACCAAAUCUGUGCAAGUAAAUCAGCUCUUCUGCAUCCCCCUCUCCCUCUCCCGUGCACCUCACCGAACGCUUGUUGAGUUUCGUGUAAGUGCACGCAGAAAGUCACAAAAUACACAUGUUGGAUGUUGUUGUGGAUGAGGACAAACUCAUUUGAAAGAGGUGUUUCCUUGGCAUUAUUUUGCGGUAUGUGGUCUUUAUCUCACCAACAUUCAAUUCAGACUGCAACCGGACAUUCACAACUUGGGAAAAUAUUUUUUGUAGAUUCUGCAGCGGGGGAGCAAUACUGCUGGAAAACAGUGCAGGAAACUGCCGUUACACGCGAAGCCCAGAAGUGCAGUUUCUUCUGUUUCGUGAUGUUUUCGAAUCUGUGCUCGAGCAUAACAUCUUCCGUCUGCAGCACUGGUGCAGAGCACUUUGGUCAGAGUUGAAGAAAGGUUUUCCCUGUGCCAAUUAUAGUGAAGUGUAAUGGAACGAUUUGAGUUCUGCAGGUUUGAAAAUGGUGCAGGGCUGAAAUAGCUUCCAUUCUCAAACAGCAUGGCCUCUGCCCAGCCAUACUGGGAUCAACACCAUGACACCAUGGACAAGAUGUUUUUUGGUUUUGGUUCCGAGUCCAUGGAUAACAGCUUGAGAAUUUAUCAGCAAGACUCUGCAUCAGUGGCCUUUGAAAGAAGAACGUCUAGCUUAUGUUCUCCACCAUGUCUGUCUCCAAAGACUCGCAAUCCUACACAGCUCCUCUUUUCCUCUCAGUGCCACUCACCUAGGGGAGACCAGGUGGUUCCGUCCUUACAGAAACUGUCCGUUUAUGAGCACAUACCCCCUUGUUCACCCAGACAAAGCACAAAGCCCCUCCCUCCCCUCCCAGACAUUGGUGACCUGUCCUCUGAUGAAGCAGAGGACAACGAGGUGGAGUUUUUCUCCAGCACCUCGGAGAGUCAAUGUUUGGUGCCUGUACGCUGCUCUAAAACCUCAACCUUCAAUUAUGGCAUGCCAGGCAGGCGCAGCUUCCGAGUAAGUGGUCAGAUAAACUUUGCUUAUUAUGAACAGAUACAAGAACAUCAGAAAUUAUGUGGGGUGAAGCCUCAAGGGGAGCAGACAGUAACUCAAGACCAAGAUAGACCACAGGAAAGGCCCCAAUGCCGGCUGCACCGCUCCCUUUCUGGCCCAGCUGGAUCCUUUAAGGCUGCCAACUUUAGGCCGGCCAGCCUUCACCACACACCCCACAACCACCCACAGGAGAAACCCGAAGUCCCACCUCGCAUUCCAAUCCGUCCUUGCCUGAGCGAGUGCACAGAUGGCAGACGACUAUCAACUGAUGACUAUGAUGUAGACAAACCCCCUAAAGUUCCACCCAGGGAGCCCAUCCCUCAGGUCAUACCACGUACCAUUAGUCCAAAGAGUCUCCCAAUUUAUGUCAAUGGAGUAAUGCCUCCUACUCAAAGCUUUGCUCCCUAUCCUGAGUAUGUCAGCAAGGCUCAACACAAGCAGAGCUGUGAGGGCUUACUGGCUCCCCGAACCCCCAUUUUGCCCAUUAUGGAAGAUGGCAAGAAAGUCAGCAAUACCCAUUACUUUCUCCUCCCUCAUAGGCCUGGGUACUUGGAGAAGUUUCAGAGGUUUUUCAAAGACUCUGACUCAUGUUGAUUAUAAGCCCUUGUGAAACAGUUAGAAUCUGAAAUCCUCUCGGAAACUAGGAAUUACAUUGAGGCCAGAUAUAAACCGAUUUAUUGUUUGAAUAAAACUUGCAGUGUUCCAAACUAAUCUCCUUUUUUAUUUAGUGACUGGGCAGUAUGUCCUCGGACUCCAAACAGUCAGAAACACAAAUAAUUGGUUUACCACUGCUGGAAACUCCAUGACAGCUUUGAUGGAAGUGUUCUUUAUGGAUGAUGUUCUUUUGUUGUACUAUUUUUCUUGCUGUAUUUUAAGUUUUAGUGGGCAGUAUCCUUUUAUGAAGGAAUAGGAUGAACUGUUACACUGUAAAACAGUUGUGUAACACCAAAUAUAAGCUGGUCUUAUUGUGAUUUUGAUUUGAGAUUUGUCACUAGUUGAAUGCUAAAGACGGUCUUUGUUUUUUCCUAUUAACCUGUAUACAAGCAAUAUAAAUUCAGAUCCGAUUGCUGAACAAAUGACAACGGAUUGCAAGACUCUAGCAUUAUUAGCCAUAGCAUACAUGAACAAGCACUGUCAUCAUUGGAUCAUUUUACCAUUUUUGUGCUCUGUUGCUUUGCGUUUUGGACCGUAUAGAUGUAAGACAAAUUAAUUUAUCAUUUGAUUUGAAAGAAUGGCACCUGUAGUUGGAGCUAAUUUCAGUUUGCCAAGAGUAAACCGAUUCAGUCAUGCCAAAGGCCCUUUUUUAUCUGCCAUGUCUGUUAUACAGGCAGUAACACCACUGAUUUAGUAUUUGGUGUCUAAAACCAGGACACUGGAUAUUAAGGAUAUGUUGGCCAUUGUUAUUUUGUAUUUUAUACUCGUUUGCCAUGAAGUUGCUUCACUGAAGCAUUUAGCACAUGUAUAAAAAUUCUGAAGUUCUGAAAGUCCACGAAUGGCCCUGGCCUUGCGUUUUAUGUUUCCAACUAAAUGUUUAGCACAAGUAAUGCAGUUUUUGUGAUUGAAAUUUUUUUUUCUUUCUUUUAUUUUUUUUAAUUUAUUUUUUUAUGAUCAAAUUAUCAAACCAAUAACUGUUUACAAUUUCACGUUUUUCUUUCAACAAAGAAAUUACUGUUUUCUGUGUGAAGGCUAAUAUUAACUGACUUUGUUUCAACCAGAUGAAACAUGCACUAUCUUUUAAAAAUGUACAGUAUUGGUGUAGUUUUUACAUGCCAUAAUUGUCUAUUUAAAGAAAUAAAGCAAUAACUUAUUUAUA